AUGAAGGCGCUUAGAGCUGGGUCGAAGGAGGCCGCCUCCUGUCCGGCCAUCAUCUCUGUUGCGGGAGCCACGGUGGACCUCCCCCCCGAACAGUGGAAGCUGCUCGCUGAGGAUAAGCAUCCGUUCACGGCCCGUCAGUUCGACUUUGUCACCGGGGACUUGAUCGACAAGAAGCGCUCGAACGCGAGCAUGCUCAUUAUGCUUCACCCCGACCACCUGUCGCUUGACGAUGACGAGACUUGGAACACGCGGUUUGUUCGCGUUGCUAUUCCCACUGGUGGUGCGGAACACAUCACCGCGGCGGAGGCGAUUGUGGACGCGGGCCCGAGUGGUGAGGUCGCGGGCAAGAGUCCCGUGACAGGUGCGCGUGAUCACGCGUCCCUGUCCUCGUUGCCAUCGCAUAAGCUUGCUGCCGAGAUCCUGCAGCUCGAAUGCACGCUUGCAGCGCAGGCCGAAGAGAACGCACGGCUGAAGAAACGCCAGGAGUCGGGAGUGUGUGGGGUCGCGGUCGUGGGCUCUGAGGAGCUUGCGUCCGCGCUUGCUAAUGCAGUUCGGGUGUUGGAGAAGGAGGCGAGGGCGAUCGUGCAGGAAAGAGCGGCCCUGGUCGAUAGGCGUAACCAGGAGGCGUUGGUGCUGGGGCGAGUGGACGCGAGGCUGGGACAGCUGCAGGGGGUGGUGGCAGACUCCAUGGAAACCGCUCAAAAGAAGCUAACGGACGAGGUUGCGCGGAAGAUCGACAACAUGUCGACCGCGGUCUCCGCGACAGCAGAGCGGGCAAUCACCACCAGCGGGGUCACGAACGCGUUGCACACCCUCAUCGCGCUCGUUGGAGGAGCCCCCCCGCCACGCACGGAUAAUGAAGGAACGGCCGCGACGGAGAUUCCCGAGCCCGGGGAUGCAGAGCAUGGAAAGCGGGCAGCGGGUGCGAAGGCGGAGAAUCAACGGGGGGCGAAGAGGCAGAGAGGUCCCCAGGCAGCGGCCGCGGUGCGCAAUCCGAGCGUGCAAGUCAUGCUGAAGCAGAAGUGGGGCGCUGCAUCGCGAGGUGCAGCACCGCCUGGUCAACCGGGUUCGAGCUCGCGCUCCAUCCCACCUGAAGAAGCUGCACCCAAACCACCGGGCCCUGCUGGGGCAACCGCGACAGUGACAACUACUGUGGGUCGGGGCAAGGGUAAGGCGGAGGAUGGAGAGGCGCCGGCUGCUGCGGGUUCGCUGGCCUCGAGGCGUGAGGUCCAGUCCGCAGCAGCUGCUGCGGCAGAGGGCAGGCAGACCACGCUCGCACCUGCUCGUGCUGCAAUCACCGCGGGAAAUCUGCACAGCGCACUGGCAUCUGCAGGUCGCGCGGCCACCGAAGGAGCCGCGACGGGCGACGGGAAAAGGGGGGGGGCGGUGCACGUGCCCCCGGUGCGCCGCGGCUGGCAACGGGGCAUGGCCGGGGCGGGGCCGGGGCCGCAAGUGGCGGCGACGGGGCCGCUGGAGGCGGCGACGGGGCCGCUGGUGGCGGCGACGGGGCCGCUGGCGGCGGCGACGGGGCCGAUAGGAGCGGCGACGGGGCCGCUAGGGUCGGCGACGGGGCCGCUGGCGGCGGCGACGGGGCCGCUGGCGGCGGCGACGCGGCCGAUAGGAGCGGCGACGGGGCCGCUAGGGUCGGCGACGGGGCCGCUGGCGGCAUCGACGGGGCCGAUAGGGGCGGCGACGAGGCCGCGAAGGGGCCGCGAGGGGCCUGGAAGGGCGGCGACGGGCCGCAAAAGGGGCGGCGACAGGGCCGCGAAGGGGCCGCGAGGGGCCUGGAAGGGCGGCAACGGGGCCGCGAAGGGGCCGCGAGGGGCCUGGAAGGGCGGCAACGGGGCCGCUAAGCGUAGCGCGAGGGGCACGCCACGGGGCGUGCUGAACACAGAGUAG